UUCAUCAUAAAGGUGUACAAUACAAAGUGAGCAGAAUGAAAGUACUAACAUGUUUGUUUUAAAAUAGUGUGAACAUUCUCUAAUAAUUAGAAUAUUUAUUUGAUAAUUUUGGUGCGCGAUAAUUUUAAUAAAUUUAUGUUUAUAUUUUAUUUGAAAUGCGAUUAAAUGUGUGUGAAAGUUUUGGGUGAAAAAAAGUUUACCGAGUCAUUAAACAAAGGAACCAAAACAAAGUGUACAAAAUCAACAAGCAAUCAUUUUCUGAUUUCUGUUUCGUUUGUAUACAUCAUUAGUAGUAAAAUGUUGCAAUUGAGUCCAUUUUUGAAGGAGCGAUGAUAAGCGCAAAUGUGCAACAACAACAGCAGCAAGUGGAUAAUAAAAAGGCCACGAACGCAAAUUAUAAUCGGAAAUCCCAAAUCAAUAUAGCACAGUAUACGCAAAGUAGUAACAAUCGUAAUAUUCUCAGCGAAAAUAACUAUUACGUUGCAAAGGAUUAUAGUUCAGCGGUUGAUUCGUCUGGAAAUCAAUUAUCAUCGCCCCAAACGACAGGCUCAAGCAGCGCAAAUAUUGCCUCAAACUUUCCGGCUCCACUGUCGAUUGCAUCAAAUAUACUUACAGUUGACUCAAAGUCGUCGGCAAAUAUUUUAAACGAACAAAUAUCGGCGUUGUUCCCAAAGUGUCGACCAAAAAACGAUGCACAUUUAAACAAAACGGCUCUCUAUAUUGAGACAAACAGCACUGCAUUAGCUUCAGCUUCUUUAUUAUUCGCAUCAUCGCCGUCAAACGGCGAUUAUAAAAAUCGAAAUAAACAUUUUAUCGUGAGUGAAAGUUCCGAUAAUACGCUUAUUGAUAACAGUAGAGCUUAUACGCGCAAUAUGAAUAACCAAAACGCAGAUGCAUCACUCAAUGAUGACAGUAAUGAACUCAUCCAAAACAAUAUUAGCGGAAUUGGCGAGACAGCUUCAAGAAUGAAUCACGCGGGCUAUGCAACACGAUUGUAUCAGCAUAAUAGCAAUAGUAAUUAUCAACGUAAUGCUAAUAAUCAGCACCAAAGCAACGAUUACCUUGGUGGUUUUGACGGUUCCAAUCAAAUGACGAAAAUGCAUCAAAAAUGGGAGUCUUCGUCAAACGAUCUGCGAAAAUGGACAGAAAGUGAUGAUUUUAUGCGCGACGGAAACAUUUGGGAGAAAAGAAGACGUACACCAAACACAACGCCUGCCAGCACUGUAUUAAACUCACCCGAUUUUAAUGAGAUGCAUCAUUAUUCGCACAAUCCAGUGCAACAUCAGAUUAAAGUUGGCCGCAGCCCAGUCAAUCAACACGAAAAUAAAGAAAAGAAUGCCACAAGUCCUGUAUCACCAAUCCAGUCGCAUCAGCGUUCAUCUACCAAGCGACCAGCUACUCUGGUUUCGGAUGGUGAAAUUGUUGUUUUUGAUGAUAUUGAUAAUUGGCGAAAUCAAAACGAAAAGCACUUUCCGUCUCAAAACAAAGCGUCACACCAACAAAACAAUUCGACCAGCAAGUCUCAAUCCAGUUACCGCUUUAACCACAUGCUACUCGAUGAUGAUGACGACGACGAACGUGACAGUAAUACAAAUUCUUUUAGCACGGAUAAUGUGACAAAAAUGAUUGGCAUUCUGCCGAUUGCAGAGUACGAAGGUUCACCAAGACGUUUUGGACACUAUCAGCAAGAUCUACCUCUUCAUCAAUAUCAAUACACGUCAACGACAAAUCAACAGCACUUCGACCGCCCACCAAGUUCACGGAAAAUGCUCACUUCACCAACUCUGUUUCCACCUCGACCCGGUUUUCCGAAGCGUAUUACAACAUCACCAUCAAAUGCAAGCAUAAACGGAUCAACAAACGAAGAAGCUAAAGACAAAUGCAGCAACGCUACAGGAUUCGAAUAUCAGAAUAAUGCGUUGAAUAAAUGUUCACCAUCAGUAUCACCCACUCAAGUUACAUCGACGCCAAACAUUCCGAAUAAACAAGUUGCAACGUGUGAUAGUACAUCCCCCACGAACUCACAAGCAGUGCCUAUUUCAUCGCAGAAUUCGCCCUCAUCGCCCUCGAAAAAUGAGAGAAGCGCCACGGUCAGUGAAAAUAAUACAAAAACCACACCAAACUAUACGGAUCGUAUCAAUUUAUUGGGUAACCAUUUGCCAUCUACAACGCUUUCAAACAAUGCUAAUCGUUCGUCAUUCACUACUACAGCUCCAAAUACAACUACAUUUGAUUAUUUGUAUGAGUUUUCGGAGACACGCAAAGUACUUGAAGACUUUUUCAAAUGUCCAACAAAUGAUGAGGAGAAGAAAAUCGCUGAUUGCUUCAACGAAAGUGAUACUGGAAGUCUAGAAAAUCUGAAUGAAAUCGAUGAGAAAAAUAUGGAUGCCAAUUAUAUUGGACAGCGUUUGGCCAAAGUUCCCACAACAAAUAACAAAGAUUAUAAUAAUACGUCAUCGUACCAAUCGCCCAAAUCACGAUACGCCAACAACUAUACUCAUCAGCAGUCUGAUGAAUAUGAAAAUAAUGAUGUCGAAUUAUAUUUGGAUUCGAAUAGUCGUAGCAGUGGUGAAUUGGCUGAUACAGAAUUGGAAAUGAAUCAACAGAGACGCUACUCAAGACAUUUUACUCUAUCUCCCGAAACUACUGAUUAUGAUUCAAAUUGCGGUGAUUUAGAUAGCCUAUCGAAUGAUUUAAAUGGAUGUAUUGGCAUGAACAGCCAUUGCCUAACUGGUUCCGGAUUGAACAGCUCUAGUGGCGUUAUACCAGACUAUUCACGACUGUACACCAGUAUGCCGGUACUCGAAGAUGGCCUGUCAAGCGGUCAUGCAUCUGACACAGAAAAUAACAACCCUGUUCCGUACACUGCGAAUAAUAUAUCAACAACAGCUAACAAUACAACCAAUUCAUCAGCGCAAAUAAACAAUAUUUUUGAUAACAAGUAUAUUGCUAGCAAUAUAAAUAGUAUGGGAAAAAUGCUCAAUCCAACUCCAGUCAGCUCAAUUGCAAACACCACAAAUAACACAAGCAAUGCAGUCCAAUCAAAUAACAUUAACUUGAUUGAUGUGUUAAGUCCAACGAUCGAAACAACAUCUAAUAAAGAACCAGAUGUUCAAAAUGGCAUUGAAAUAAGUACAAUUGGCCAACCACAACCGUCAUCACUGUUACAACAACAGCAGCCGAUAAAAGAAGAGAAACACGUGGAUAUAUCUAGUAAGAGUUACUUGGACUCAGAUAUUUCGUCCAUUUUUUCGAAUCCUCCUUUGGCACAGAUAAGUACUACACACAACAAUGUGAACGUUUCAUCAUACCACGAAGAUCACAUUGAAAUAGUACAGUCAACACUAAAAGAUAUUCGCAGUUCGAUACAGCAAUCAAAGACGCUUCAACCGACAGCGAGUCAACAACAGCUACAGCCGCAGCAGCAGCAGCAACAACAACAACACGAAGAGGAGAAAAAACCAAUGAAAAAUGACAAAAACUCACCGAUAUGGCUACCUCGUCAUCAUCACAAUCAACAUAAUCAGUCUCAUGAAAGCCUCAAUUCCGAUCACAAUAUUUCAAAACCAUUGAGCGUUGAUGAUGAGGAAGCUGAUACCGAUUUAGAAACUGAUCGUUUACUUGGCCAACAACGUCUUGAUGAUCAUGGUUUUUAUGAUGACAAGUCGUCGACCAAUUGGUGUGAUCGUCCAUCUCGAUUGAUUAAGUCUCCUUCGGCAUCACUUUCAUCGAAAACAAUGCAACAGCAACAACAUCACGCACAAACAUUUUCAUCUGCGUCAAUUCGACAAGGUAUCGGAACAUCAAGUGGUGUAUCUGCAGCAUGUGCUAAUAAUUCAUCGAAUUCAUCGUCAUCGCCACCGAAUCCACAGUCAUCAAAUCAACAUCUACCAAAAAAUCCGAGCGUCAGCAAUCAAAAUGAAAAUAAAGAUAGCUCAACGUCACCAAACAAGUCACAAUUGUCAAAAAUUCAAAAAAGCCCAUCCGAUUCGCAGAGUUCCAAAAACGAAACGGAAAAAAAUCGAUCCGGAAAGUCACGUAAUAAAGAAGGUCGUUAUUGGGAACCAGCAGUUUUGAUUGAGGGCGUUUUAUUCAGAGCCCGAUAUUUGGGAUCUACUCAGCUUGUUUGCGAAGGACAACCAACCAAAUCCACUCGCAUGAUGCAGGCCGAAGAAGCUGUCUCGCGCAUCAAGGCAUUGGCUCCAGAAGGUGAAUCACAGCCCAGUACGGAGGUUGAUUUGUUCAUUUCAACAGAGAAAAUAAUGGUGCUAAAUACGGAUUUAAAAGAAAUAAUGAUGGAUCAUGCCCUACGCACCAUAUCCUACAUAGCUGAUAUUGGUGAUUUGGUUGUAUUAAUGGCUCGUCGUCGAUUCGUUCCAUCCGAUUCAGAUGAUGGACCGAAAUUAAAUCGUACACCAAAAAUGAUUUGUCACGUAUUCGAAAGUGACGAGGCUCAAUUUAUUGCUCAAUCGAUUGGGCAGGCAUUCCAAGUAGCCUACAUGGAAUUUUUGAAAGCAAAUGGAAUUGAAGAUCAUAGCUUUGUUAAGGAAAUGGACUAUCAAGAGGUGCUCAAUAGUCAAGAGAUUUUCGGCGAUGAAUUAGAAAUAUUCGCAAAGAAAGAACUUCAAAAGGAAGUUGUUGUACCAAAGACAAAAGGUGAAAUACUAGGCAUGAUAUUGAUUGAAUCCGGAUGGGGCUCAAUGCUACCAACAGUUGUCAUUGCAAAUCUUCUGUCAACUGGAGCCGCUGCACGUUGUGGUCAAUUAAAUAUUGGCGAUCAAAUUAUUGCAAUAAAUGGUCUUAGCUUGGUUGGAUUGCCCUUAUCGACAUGCCAAACAUAUAUCCGAAACACAAAAACUCAAACCGCCGUUAAAUUUACAGUUGUGCCUUGUCCACCGGUUGUUGAAGUCAAAAUAAAACGACCAAACACAAAGUACCAACUCGGAUUCAGUGUUCAAAAUGGUGUCAUUUGUAGUUUGCUACGCGGUGGAAUUGCUGAGCGUGGAGGAGUACGUGUUGGUCAUCGCAUUAUUGAAAUCAAUAAUCAAAGCGUAGUUGCCGUUCCACAUGAGAAAAUAGUUAAUCUAUUAGCCACAUCUGUCGGAGAGAUUUUGAUGAAAACGAUGCCGACGUCCAUGUUCCGGUUGUUGACUGGACAGGAAAAUCCUAUUUAUAUUUAAAUUUCAUCUUUAACUCUACAUUCAUGGAAAAUGCGCAACUUAUUUAUAAACGCUCUUUGAAAAAAAAAAAAACGCAAUUCGAAUUGCAUUGAAAAAACAAUGUCCACAUUAAAAUAUAUUUUAUAGUCUUC